AUGGAGGCUGCUGUUGCGGGUGCCGCCUCUGCCGCAGGUGCCGCCGCAGGUGCCGCCGCAGGUGCCGCCGCAGGUGCCGCCGCAGGUGCCGCUGCGGGUGCUGCCUCUGUCUUGGGUGUUGCCUCUGUCGCUGCCAGAGUCGCCACCGUUGGAGCUGCCGCCGGUGCUACCUCUGUCGUGGAUGUUGCCUCUGCCGCGGGUGCCGCCGCAGGUGCUACUGCGGGUGCCGCCGCAGGUGCUACUGCAGGUGCUGCUGCGGGUGCCGCCACGGGUGUUGCCUCUGCCGUGAGUGUUGCCUCUGCGGCGAGUGCUGCCUCUACCAUAGGUGCUGCCGCGGGUGCCGCCGCAGGUGCUGCCGCGGGUGCCGCCGCAGGUGCUGCCGCGGGUGCCGCCGCAGGUGCCACUGCGGGUGCUGCCUCUGUCACGGGUGCUGCCUCUGCCACGGAUGCUCCUUCUGCAGCCACGGGUGCUGCCUCUGUCGUGCCUGUCGUGCGUGCUACGGGUGCUGCCUCUGUCACGGGUGCUGCCUCUGUCACGGGUGCUCCUUCUGCAGCCACGGGUGCUGCCUCUGUCGUGCCUGUCGUGCGUGCUACGGGUGCUGCCUCUGUCACGGGUGCUCCUUCUGCAGCCACGGGUGCUGCCACGGGUGCUGCCGCGGGUGCCACCGCGUGUGCUGCCGCGGGAGCCGCUGCGGAUGCCACUAUUGGAGCCGCUGUUGUUCGAGCUGUUGCGGGUGUCGCUGCCGGAGCCGCCGACAUUGGAGUUGCAGUGAUUUCUUCUGAUGAUGCCGAUGAUGUCGUUGACGCAGUUGACGCCGUUAACACCGUCGAUAUCGUUGGCGCCAUCGACGCUGUCGGUGCCGUUGAUGCGGAUGAUGUCGUUGAUGCUGCCCUUGGGGGCUUCUCAUUAGCUCAUGUUGCUGGUCGUGUUGCUCAUGUUGCUGGUCGUGUUGCUCAUGGUGUUGUUGUUCGUGGGGUCAUAAAUGGCACAAACAUGGAAGCGAAUUCCGUACGAGCACCUCCACCAACAUUCUUAAUACAGUUAGGGAGAAUCUUCUUCAAGAAAUGUGUGAUGGCAUGCAUGCAAAUGGCGGGGUUGUUAAUUAGUUGUCUACUUAUGACUCAUCGAGGCACGAUACUAAUCUUCGUUAAUUAUCUAUAUGGUGUUAUACUCAUUCACUGUAAUGAGUAUAUUAUUAAUGCAAAUAGAAAUGAAAAAAAAAUGCAUAUGUUUUGUCUCAUGGUUGCGUCAGUGUUAGGAUACAGACUUGGUGCAACAUUGGUCAGUCGGCCAGUUAUGUGGUUAUUAUGGAUGGAAGUGCAUAGCCUUGUGAUAAUAAUAUUUCUGACUAUUUAUGGCUUAGUAGCGGUAGUGAUCAUGCUAAGGCUAGAAUUGUUUUUCUGGAACUUAGAGGAGAUAGAUCUAGUGGAGCAAAUUAGGAGUGUCAUAGUUUUAUAUGUGUAUACUGUGGUAGGCACCUUUGUGUGUCUAGAUCGAUUCCUAAAGCUGGUUGGUGCUUAGGCAAAUUCAGGUAAGAGCAGCCUUUCUCUUAUAUAGGAAUGCACUACUGCCACUUUCUUAUGUGAAUACCUCCUCAAUCUCACUCUUUAGUUGAAGUCUCUAUUUCACUUUCAAAAAGCAGUCUACACAAAAUAUAGAGAUACUUUUUCCAUUCUGCAUAGGACUUUAUAUUCUCUAUGACGUCAACCAUAAGUUUGCAUUCAGUUUGACCUAGGAAGUAAACUAGGUUUUGCUAUUCCUUCUCGAGCUUCUAUUACCUUCCAUAGAGUUAGGAUAGUAAAAAAAUUAUGACUUGCA